CAACGUGUUCAUAGAAGAUCAUGUUGUCAAAAGGAGUCUUCUUUCUCCUAACGGUUGCGUUUCUUGUGGUUGAAAUUGAGGCACACAGAGGUUGGAGGCAUAGAACAAAAUGUCGUCCAAAGUGUGACAAAGACUGCCGGAAAGUUCUAACUGGAAAAUUUUGUUAUGAGUGCGAUUGUAAUCCAGUUUGCCCAUACCUCAUCUGCGAGAAAGGUUGCGAAAUAGAGCAACUUCCAGAAGAACCUUGUCCUAUUUGUGUGUGCAAAGAGGAAGAAGUACCAGCAUUAGAUUAUGGAGAAGCCUAUGCCAGAUGCUAUCCAAAGUGUGGAAAGGGUUGCUGGAAAUUUUUUAAUUCGAAAGGAUGUUACGAAUGCAAAUGUGAACCAGUUUGUCCUUACCUCAGAUGUGAAAAAGGAUGUACCAUAAAGAAAGUUCCAGAAAAACCAUGUAAUACAUGUGUGUGCAAAGAGGAAGAAGUACCAGCAAUAGAUUACUGGGAAGCCUACGCAAAAUGUUAUCCUAAGUGUGGAAAAGAUUGCCGAAAGCACUUCACGUUUAAAGGAUGUUACAAAUGCGAUUGUAAACCACUUUGUCCUUAUCUCAAAUGCAAGGAAGGAUGCUCCUUAGAAAAAUCGCCCGAAGAACCAUGUCCUUCUUGUGUGUGCAAAGAGGAAAUACCCGCUUUAGAUAUCGGAGAGGCCUUGGAAAAAUGUUAUCCAAAGUGUGGCAAAUUUUGCCGAAAAGUUUUUUCCGCGAAAGGAUGUUACAAAUGUGAUUGUAAACCUGUUUGUCUUUAUCUCAAGUGCAAAGAAGGGUGCUCGCUAGAAAAGCAGCCAGAGGAACCAUGUCCUUCAUGUGUGUGCAAAGUGGAAGAAGUACCAGUAUUAGAUUUUGAUGAAGGCAGAGCAAAGUGUUAUCCAAAGUGUGAAAAAGGUUGCAAAAAGGUUUCUACGGGAAAAGGAUGUUACAAAUGCGAAUGUGAACCUGUCUGCCCUAAUCUCAAAUGCAAAGAAGGAUGCACAGAAGAGAAGCUGCCAGAACAACAGUGUCCUUCAUGUGUGUGCAAAGAGGAGGAAGUACCAGCAUUAGACUUCGGUGAAGCGUUUAUAAGUUGCUAUCCAAAAUGUGAAAAAGGUUGUCAAAAAGUUUUUAGUAAGAACAAAUGUUACAAAUGCGAGUGUGAACCUGCCUGCCCAGAGCUCAAAUGUGAAGAAGGGUGUUCUCCAGAGAAGCUUCCAGAACAGCCAUGUUCUACGUGUGUGUGCAAAGAGGAAGAAGUACCAGCGUUCGAUGUCGGAGAAGAAAGGGAGAGAUGUUAUCCAAAGUGUGAGAAAGGUUGCCAAAAAGUUUUUAAGGAGAAAGGAUGUUACGAAUGCAAAUGUGAACCAGUUUGCCCAGAGCUCAAAUGCCAAGAAGGAUGUUCCCCAGAGCAACUUCCAGGAGAAUCAUGUCCUUCUUGUGUGUGCAAAGAGGAAGAAUUACCAGUACUAGAUCUUGACCAAAGAAGGGGAAAUUGUUAUCCAAAAUGUGAAAAGAAUUGCCAAGAAGUUCUUACUGAGGACGGAUGCAUCGAAUGUGAUUGUAAACCUGUCUGUCCCGCGAUCAACUGCGAAGACAAGUGCUUCCUACAACAGCGGCCGGGAGAACCCUGUCCUUCGUGUGUAUGUUUUGAGGAAGAAAUAUCAGCAUUAGUACCUUCAAAGUGACCUGUCCUACAUCUAUGUGGUAAUAACUAGUGCAAGAUUGUAAAAGACGAAAACGGUUGCGGAGAAUAUCAGAGAACCUUAAUGCAAUACAGAGUUAUAGCAGACGAUCAAAGACAUCGAAGGACAAUGCCCUAUCGGUUAUUGAGUUAGGCGUCAUAAAUAAAGGACUAUUAUUUACUUGCUAGCGUAGUUAUAAGUAUGUCAAUGUAUAAAUAUGUGAAUGCGUUUGAAAUAAAAUAU